AUGUGUGACGUCGGCAGGCUGUAGUGACGAUGUCCGCCGCCUCCAGCAGCCGGGACAUCGUGGAGGAUUUCCUCCGCUACAAGCUGCUCGUCAACGGCCUGGCGUGGCGCGUCCCGCCGGAGCGGCGCGUCCCGCCGGAGCGGCGCCGCACGGCCGCUCAGCGCAGACACAACGCGGCCGCGUCAACGCUGACGUCAUCCUGGAGAGCUGAGCGAGCGAUGACGUCACACCGAGGAAACACUCCAGAAGACCCUCAUCAAGGUCCGCCCUCGACCCCGCCCCGGCUGCAGGUGGUUCUGCGGUGUGCAUGUGACGAGCUGGAGAGGCGUUACCGUGGCGACCUGGCAGCCCACGUGUCUGCGCUGCUGUCACGCAACGGCGGCGUGGCAGAGCGACGGCGAGGCCUGACAGCAGUCAGGGAGGAGCUGUUCAGGGACGGCGUGAACUGGGGACGCAUCGUGGCCAUGAUGGAGCUGGGCGGAGCUCUGUGCACUGAGGCGGUCCAGACGGGCGGAGCCUGGCAGGUGAACGACAUCGCGGCGUGGAUGGAGGAGAGUCUGGACUCAGCGCCGCUCCACGCAUGGAUCCACGACCAUGGAGGAUGGGAUGCCUUUGUGGAGUUGUACGGUGAGUCCAGACCUCCAGUCAGAUUCUGGUCACUGAGGACGGUAUUUGGACUGGCUGUACUGGGAGCGGCCGGGAUUACACUGGGAGCGCUGUUCACCCAGAGAUAAAGAGCAGUCCGCAGCCUCGGCGCUGCAGUUCCUCUCACGUCCACCAGACUCUGCAUUGAAGUGAAUGAGAAAACCUCUCUGGACGACUGAGGGAGGAUUUUCAAAAUAAAUGUUCCUGUUUAGUGUUUUUUGUGCACGGAUCGAGGACCACCAACAACUGACCACAUGACAUGAACAUUGCCACAAACAUACCCUCUGAAUGUUAUAGCAUAACAUGACGAUGAAGCCACAAAUUCAUUGGUGGCUACUUGGUUUACCAGUUUAGUAAAUUCUGAUAUACAAAGGCCUUAAUAUGUAUUAAAAGACUGAAAGAUAUAAUUUAUGAACUUACCUUGGAGUUUUCUGUCAUUUAGAGUCUCGUGUACAUUCAUUCAAAUGAGACGAAGAAAAUAAAACGCUUUAAACUGUC